AUGUUAUGUGAAAACAGCUCUGCACGAGCACCUAAGGAGGCUUACCUUCCUAAUAGCCCGUGGUGGCGAGUACGUAUCUCUAUUGAGAUGUACGAAGGGAUUGACAACUUAAAAUCCCUUUACGACCGUGCCAGGAAGACAUUCUCCGGCGGUCCUUCUGCGGCACAGGAUGUGCCGCGUCGUACUACUCAACCAGACCCAGUACGUCAACCAUCAAUUGGGAGCGGGGCUCCCAAGAAUCCCAGGACGGGGGAUAGCCGCGCCACCGGACGAGAUAACUCGUCCGACGUCCGUUCACGUCGCGGUGGUUCAACAGCUGCUCAACUAGAUAGCGCUGGCCACCGCGAGAGUCCUCUAAUGGAGGUGGAGGAGGAGGAAAGACGCUCUCCACACAAUCGUGGGGAAGCGUGUGUUCCCGAGAGCUUCUUUGAUCGCGUAACGCAAGGGUUACACGGCGAUCUCGAGCAUGAGCGGAAUAGGCGUCUCCAAAUGGCGGACACUGCCUCGAAGCAUCGAGCUGAGUUUGCUUUUGCUUAG